AUGGCGUCCGUACAGCGGCAGACCAAAGAAGUGCAGGAGCAACAUCAGCGACAGCUACGAGAGCUGCUGAAGCAGCCCGAUAAUGAUGAGUGCAUGGACUGCCGCGCGCGUAACCCGACGUGGGCUAGUGUGAAUCUCGGCAUCUUCAUCUGCAUCCGCUGCAGCGGCCUGCAUCGUCAGCUGGGCGUGCACAUCAGCAAAGUAAAGAGUUGCACGAUGGAUCUCUGGGAGCCGGAGCAGAUCGCCUUCAUGUCAAAGAUGGGCAACAAGCGCGCCAAGCGUACCUUCGAGGCCACCAUUCCGGCCAGCUACGUGAAGCCUGGGGAACGGGAUACCUCAGCGAAGGUAAUGAAGUGGAUUCACCUAAAAUAUGUGCAGAGACGGUACCAUCGGCCAUUUCUUCCGUCUGCGGCGGAUUCCAUCAGCGAAGCUGCCGAUGAUGGCCAAAGGGACGCGAAGGGCGCCAGAGUACAUACAGCUGACGAAGAUCGCCAACGCGUACCACCGGCCACAACACCAAUGCCUGUCAGGGAGACGGUGCCGCUGAUCUCGAACCCGGUCGAAAAGACUCGGGCAGCAGCUCAGGCUUCACAUGCUGCGCUCGACAACAACCCCUCCCCUCGACCCGCGCUCGGCGCUUUGUAUCUGCCAAAGCAGAAGGAAGCGGCCAUCCUCGAUUGGCUGCGCAGCGCCACACCUUGUGUAGUGAUAGAAGAACCCCUUAACACGUCCGCACCGCCAGUGCAGCCGACAUCGGUCGCUAAGGCCGCUGUGCCGAAUAGUGUUUUGUCUCUGACCGGGGUGACGCGCGAGAUGCCGUCGCCGCCCACCUCCGUAACGGUCAUCGUCGCCACCGCAGCGGAAGAACAAGAGACAGCCGCCCCGGCACUGGAAACCAUGCCGGGCGGAGCCGAGGAAAGCGGCGUGAAGGUCAGCCGUCGCCGCAGGUCGAAGCGGACAACCCGGACAAAGACGAUGGCGCCUCCUGUACCGCUCGCUGAGAUGCUUAAAGAUGCUACUGCACCAGUGGAUACGUCGGUGCUUGCCCCGGAGGAUCGCGACCGAGCUGGAGCGGCGAGAACGCCGCUGCCGCGAGAGCCCGCUGACGAUGCUAAACAGCCCACUCAAGUGGCACCGGUAACGGAAACAGGACCUUACGAAGAGUUAGAGGUGCCAGCACGACCACGUCAGCAUCGGCGCAAGCGAACGCCUCUGACGGAGGUGCUUGAGAGCGAUCCGGUCCCACCGAAGCUGUCUUUCCCAGUCUUCUCGGCCUCGCGAGGGUCUUCGCCGCCCGAGCUUCCUUUGGCGCCGUCACCGACGUUGAGGACGGUGCUCGUGGAGCCGCGCCGCUCGUCAACGUGUGCUGUAGACAGUGUAGCACGCAUUUCUCAUCGGCACCGCAAGCAGGGUGGACGAGACCCGGAGAUGCUGCCAGAGUCGCCCGGUCAACCAGCGACGCAAAAGCUGCCCCCUCGUUCUGCCCACGGGCCCCCUUGCGCGCCGUCACGAGCAACUCUCUCAGAAGCGCCGUCGCUGCUAUCGGAGAAGCCGAUGCCGCUCACCACCUCUAGUGCCACGGCGCUUGCGGGACCGACAUCGGUUGAGCAGCGUGCACAUUUCGUACCCCGUGUCGUGGAUAUGACGCUCGGCCAACCUGUCGAGACAAUGAACUCAUCCUUCGCUUCGUGUUGGUCGUCGCUCGCUGGUGCGACUCCUCAGACUCCCAUGCGGGCGCCUUUCAUGCGGCCCACCGCAGCAGCAGCGGUGCCCUCCGGCUACGGCGCAUGGCAGACACAUCGGCCGAAACAGGUCUUGAGCAAGCCGUAUUUUCUCUGCAGCUCGCGACGAGCACUCCUGUCGCCGCCGGUGCCGGAUGAGGACCAGUAUGUUCCGCAGCAGGGCAUUCGGUCGUCUGAGCCUUCCUACUCUGAGAAGCUGCAACAGCACCCGCCAACGUCUAUGAAGUGGACGGCAACACCGUCAAACUCAUCCUUUACCCGCCUUCGAGGCUCACUCUUGUCGCCCAUAGCUGAGGAGGGCAGCGCGACGCAGCGGACGCCAUCAACGCCGUUCUAUCCGUCAUCCGCACACAAAACCGGGACAUUGAAGAACGUGCUGCAGAUGCAACGACGCCUGGAGGAGCAGCUGCGUGUCCUGAAGGAGCGGUUCCGGCGGAACUCCUAUCCCAAAUAG